AUGGCUACUAACAUCACCUGGCACCCAAACUUGACCCACCAAGAACGUGCAGAGUUAAGAAAACAACAAGGUGUUACCGUCUGGUUAACUGGCUUAUCAGCCAGUGGGAAAUCCACCAUUGCUUGUGCUUUGGAACAGUCGAUAUUGAAUCGUGGAUUGAAUUCGUAUAGAUUAGAUGGUGAUAACGUCAGAUUCGGCUUGAACAAGGACUUGGGGUUUAGUGAACAGGAUAGAAAUGAAAAUAUCCGUAGAAUUAGUGAAGUUGCCAAGUUGUUUAGUGAUUCAUGUUGUGUUACCGUUACUUCAUUUAUAAGUCCCUAUAAAGCCGACAGAAACUUAGCUAGAGAGUUGCAUGCUAAGGAUAACUUGCCGUUUGUUGAGGUUUAUGUUGAUGUGCCUAUAGAAGUUGCUGAACAAAGAGAUCCAAAGGGGUUGUAUAAAAAGGCUAGAGAAGGUAUUAUUAAAGAAUUUACUGGUAUUAGUGCCCCUUAUGAAGCUCCUGAAAACCCUGAAAUUCACAUCAACAACCAUUCAGGACUCACAAUUGAAGAAGCUGCUGAACAAAUUAUCGACUAUCUUUUGGAAAAGAAAUAUAUUAAUUAG